AUGCUGAAGCGCGGCACCAAUCUUAUCAAGCACUUCAUCCAACUCAUUGCGCACACUCUGCAGCUCUGCCUGGCGCUGACGGGCAUCCUGUGUGCCCAACGGAAGCGCUGUGAGCUUUUUCAACCUUCGCGUCAGCUGUAUCUGCUGCUCGCGGAGGAUGUACAGCUCGUCGGCAGUGGUGCGACACGCCGGUUCUACCCGUCUUCUGCUAGAAUUUCUAUGCUUUGA